AUGCGACAUCGUAAGUUGCGUAAACGCUUGGCUCGCCUCUGCGAUUAUAUAUCUUGCUUAACGAAGCAGGCAGAUGACAUUGCGGGUGAGCAGACUUUGCGUAACCUCCGGUGCUUGAGACAGCGUUGUGGUAACCUUUCUUUGAGUGAAGCCAGGGCUCAAGUGUCCUCUCUUAAAGAGGUCCUCCGCAAAGAGGAGCAGCAGGAAAAGACUCGUCGCUUGAGCGAGUGGAGGCACCGGGUCCAGAGUGAUGUUGGUGAGCUUGGUAAUUGGCUUAGGUCCAAGGCCACUCCGCCCGCUGAGGGGCUUGUUGAUCAGCAUGGGCGUCACACUGAGACUGUCUGUGAGGCUGCUGAUGCCAUCGCUGAUUUUUGGCACGACUUUUGGCGCGAUCUGCAUAGUCAGCGGCCUAGCUUUGAGGAGCGGAGUGCGGCCGUGCUUGAAGGUGUCGACAGACCGCUGUUGCCUGCUUCGUUGUCGUUGCCUGUUGCUAAAGACCUGUGUGCUCUUGCCCGCAAGGCUAAAGGCGCUGGCGGUCCUGACGGAUGGCAUAGCUCUGAGAUUAAGCAUUUGCCGUUCGAGGCCUUUCGCGUGUUUGAGAUGCUUGUCAAGACGUGGCAUGAUCAAGGGUCGGUGCCUUUGCAGCUCCAGCAGAGCCGUAUGGUUUGCAUCCCUAAAGCUCAGAAGCGCAACCAGCAGGGCUCGGUGGGCGUUGUUGAUGUCAGGCCUAUCAGCAUCGCUAGCGUGUGGUGGCGUUUGUUUUCUUCUGCGUGGUAUCAGUCGGUUGACUUCAAAGCUUGGCGCAGCAACAACUUGACUGUUGACAUUGGUGCCAUUACGGGCGAGGACAUCUGUGUGACCUUGUCUGAAGUCAUGCAUCAAUUUGCCACUAAGAAGCAUAUCCUUACGUUGGAUUUUACGAAGGCUUUUGACACGCUUGAUGCUGAAGUGUCGAUCCGCUUGUUGCAACACUUGCGUUGGCCGCCUGGUGUUGUUGCUAUGUUGCGCAGUGCUUGGUGUCAUCAGUUGCGCUUCGUUCAGUGGAAACAUCACUGCAGGCCUCAGGCUCUCCGAGGCUACGGCCAGCCGCAAGGAGAUCCGCUUGGUCCGCUCAUUAUGUCCCUCUGGGUUCAAGCCGGUCUGCAGGUCGUUAAGAGGCGCUCCGCGGCUGCUGCUGCGCACAGAGCGGCCCCUGACUCCUUCACUAAGGUUUACGUUGAUGACCGCACUGUCGUUGAUGCUUGUCCUAGGCGCUUGGCUUGCGUUUGGGACCUUUGGCUUCAGUGGAGUCGUCGCGCUGGUUUGGUUGAGAACACCUUGAAGUCCUGGGCUGCUGGGGCUUCGGCCAAGCAAGUUGCUGACUUGAAGGCUUGCUUUCCUGCGGACCGUGUGGUCAAGGUUGUCCAAGCCCUUGGGGCCAGCACCUACACUACUCCUCGUGCUUUGACGGAGCAAGAAGCGAAGCGUGGGCAGGCCACCAGAACUACGCUUGCUUUGCUGUCGUGUGUUGGUAUGCACUUGCGUCAGUACCUUGGGACCGCUAAAGUCUUUGCUAUGUCGAAGGCCAACUAUGGUUGGGUUGCUCGCGCUCCCACGUUGCAGCUCUCUAAGCAGCUGUUCACGGGCCUCUUCAAGCAUGCCCAUAGGGUGAGAUACUCGUCCCCCUGGGUUCGGGCUUUGGUGUUUGGCGCCAAUGUGCACUUGGAUUGCUUGUGGGCCACCAGGCUUGUUGGUGCGUUGGCUAAGCGCUCUGCCAUCUCUCCUUUGCCUUGGUCCUUAUUGCGCGGUUCGCCUUCGGCUGCCUUGCAUGGUUGGCUGCUUGAGCGUGGUUGGACUCUCAUUGCGCCUUGGAGGUGGAAGCAUGUGUCUUCUGCUGUUGAUCUUGACUUGACAACUCCCGUUGCUCCGCAGCGGAACCGUCACGACUUUCUGCAACAUCAGGUCCGGGUUGGUUGGAGAGCUUGGUGUGCGUCGCGUUGGCUUGCAAGUGGCAGGCAUGAAGUUCGCGGUCUGUCUCUUCGAGGAGUUGGCGGAGCUGCUUUCCCGGAUGUUGAUUGGGAGGACGUGAGGAAGUGGGCCUUGAGUGCAGCUCCUGCUGCCACGGUUGCCCUGGGAGCUUCCUUCAGUCCUGCGACUUGGCGUGCUGUGAGUGGCCGUCCGGAACACGUCAACAGCGUCUCUCGUGAUGCUACUGCUAAGGUUCGCCGUCAUCUG